AUGACAUAUUCCACAUCCACUCUACAACAGGCUGCCGUGGUGCAAAACCCAGGUGAAAAUGCAAGCAUUGCUCUCCAAAAUGAUAUACCUGUCUCGAACCCCGGACAAAAUGAAGUUCUCGUCAAAUUAACUUGCACCGGCCUAUGCCGCUCAGAACUCCGCGCCGUUCUAGCCUGGGGCGCAUACAACUCCAUUAUUGGCCACGAAGGGGUCGGAACCGUAGUGAAAGCAGGACCCGAAGUUUCGGACUCUCUUUUGGGCGAACGAGUCGGUGUAAAAUGGCUCUACAGUGCAUGCAACGAAUGCUCGGUCUGCAAAAGGGGAUUCCCGAAUCAUUGUGCGCAGCAGCUAAAUACAAGUCGCCAUGUCCCGGGAACAUUGCAGCAGUAUGUCAUUGCAGAUGCACGGUUUCUAACCCUGAUCCCGGAGGGUGUGGCUGAUGAGGUUGCGGCGCCAUUGCUGUGCGCUGGACUUACGAUGGUUGGUGCUUUAUCGCGGCUUGAUAAUGAGCUAGACGCUGGUGACUUUAUUGUUAUCUCAGGCUCUGGAGGAGGUUUGGGCCACAUUGGAGUGCAAAUUGCUGCGAGGAUGAAAAAUCUGAGAGUUAUUGCCAUUGAUAGUGGGGAUGAUAAGAGAGCACUGAGUCUGGAGUCUGGGGCAGAAGUAUUCUUCGAUUACAAGACUGAAGAUGUGAUUGCUCGAGUGCGUGAGCUUACUGGAGAGGGCGCACAUGCGACUAUCGUCGUUCCGGGUACGAAGGAAGCACUGAAGAUGGCACCUAAUUUGGUGAGAAAUAUGGGCUUUGUUGUGAAUGUUGGUUUGCCGCCAAAUGACCUGGACAUUCCUCUUUCGGCUACGCUCUGCACAGCGAGAGGUCUCACCUUUGUAGGGUCGUCUGUGGGCACUGAGGAUCAGUUGACCGACUUACUGCAAGCCGCGGCUGCUGGAAAGAUAGUGCCAUCGAUUGAGGUUUUUGAUUUCUCAGCUGUGCCGACAUUGAUACAGAAGCUGAGGGAGGACGGCAUUACGGGAAGAGCGGUGGUUCAAUUACCACAGUAA